AUGGAGGCUUACGCAAAGGUUGUGGGUGAUGAAUCUGACCGAGUACUGCGGGAUCCUCCUGCUUUCUUAGAGGAGUACAAGGCAAAGCUCACGGAGGAGCAGAAAGACGUAUUGCGCAAGAUGUAUGAGGUCAGAGGCGACAUCAUCACUGGCUUGGGUGCGCACAAGCGGGCGUUUGCUGACUAUCAGUCAGCACAGACGCUCGGAGCAAAGCUGUCGGAGAAGAUGGCCAAAUCGCAGGCAGCAACCAAGGAACCCGCUCCGGCUAGCUCUGCGAAAGUACCUGUUACUGUGCUCACUGGGUUUUUGGGCAGUGGCAAGACAACCCUUCUGAACCACAUUCUCAAGGAGUUUCAUGGAAAACGCAUCGCUGUCAUCGAGAACGAAUUUGGAGAGGUUGGCAUUGAUGACAGUCUCAUUGAAGCAGGGCCGAUGGCGAUGGAGGAAAACAUUAUCGAGAUGAACAAUGGCUGCAUCUGCUGCACUGUCCGUGGCGACUUGAUCGCCGGACUCAAGAAGAUCUUGAAGAGGUCCAUGAAAAAUGGCAAGCCCUUGGAUGGAGUCAUCAUCGAGACCACUGGGCUAGCAGACCCUGCCCCGGUGGCUCAGACAUUCUUUGCCGACGACUUUGUUCAGCAGAACAUGCAGUUGGAUGGUAUUGUGACCCUAGUGGAUGCUAAGCACCUCAUCAUGCACCUCGAUGAGGAGAAGCCAGAAGGAGUCGAGAACGAAGCGGUUGAGCAGGUGGCAUUUGCCGACCGUAUCAUCCUGAACAAGUGUGAUCUGGUGGAUGGGCCCCACAUUCAGGAGGUCGAAAGGCGGAUUCGGAUGAUCAACGAGUCCGUGAAAAUUCAACGUGCAACAAACUCCAAGGUGGACAUGGACUUCAUCAUCGGCAUACAGGCCUUUGAUUUGGACAAGAUUUUGGAGAUGGAUGAUGGUUUCCUGGAAGAUGAGCAAGAUCAUCAGCACGAUGAUCGGGUUACAUCAUGUGGCUUCCACGUAAAAGGUGAGAUUAAUCAGCAGAAGCUGAAUGAGUGGCUUGGGUGGCUGUUGAAAGAGAAAGGCCUUGACCUCUUCCGGACGAAGGGCGUUCUGGCCGUCCAAGGAAUGCAGGAGAAGUUUGUCUUCCAGGCUGUUCACAUGGCCUUCAAGAGUUCAACGCAGAAGGUGUGGCAGCCGGAUGAGGAGCGCAUCUGCAAGCUCACCUUCAUUGGCAAGAACCUGAAUCGCCAGGAGCUCGAGGACGGCUUCAAGAAGUGCUUGGUGAGCAAGUCAGGCGGCUAUGACGCGAAGUGA